CAACAACCAUUGAGCCAAACCAUUCUUAAUUAAAAAAGAAAAAUAUUAUUUAUAUGGUAACAUUCGUUCCAACCAUUCACUCUCUCUUCAUUUUAAAAUUAUAUCGAAUCAACACGUUCUCUGUAAUAUCUCUUUUGAAAAAAAAUUAAUAAACCGUGAAAUUGCCGUCACAAACUCUUUUAUUUAUGUCUUUCCUAGACAUAAAUUGGUGCCGAAACAAAAGUAAAGUGAUUGCGCAUCGUAAAAACUGUUUUUUCGUCGCGAGUGCACAUUGCCGAUCUCGUGGGCGCGUGAGUGCGAGUCGCCAUUUGCAAGGAUUUUGCGCAUAUUUCAUCAUCAAGGGGCGUGCUAGAAGUGAAAUAAGAGGCCUGGACCAACAUUCGUCAAGGAAUAUACCACGGAUCGUCACAGAAGCCUCAACAUAUUUCACGCAUUUCUCCGGUGAAAAUCUACUUGUUGUAAAGAGAGGCCGCCAUUAUUCGAACUUCAACGAUAACCAAACGUGAAUCAACGAGUCGGUCAAUGCAGUCAUUCAGCCGUUCAACUCUUGACAGAUACUGUUCGUUCGUUCAUCUGUCAAUGUCAAGCAUCAUUCAUUCGUUCGCCCCGUGUUUUGAUAAACAAAUACGUCUGCAUUUCUGCGAAAAAUAUUAAUUAUUUACGGAAUUUUCUGCGAUUUUCAACAUGGGACGCAGAAAAAGCAUUGCGGAUGAAGAAGACAGGGCGUCUCAGGACAAACGGCUGAAAGUUCAAUUGGCACAAUGCAAAUCGAAAUUGACGAAAGCAGAAAACUUUUUGCGUGAACAGAAAGGACCUCUAGAUACGGAUGCUAUUACCCUCCGGCUGCAGCUAUUGGAGAAAGUUUUACUGACCGUGAACGAUCUUUUGCUAGAAAAGCAAGUUUUAACUUGGAGCGACGACGACGAGUUCGACGAUGAUGGACUAGAAGAGAGAUGUCUUAGCGUGAUAAUAAGCUACAAGAAGGCGCUCGCGCAGGCAAGUUCGUCGAAGCAAAAUACAUCAGCUAGUGAUAGUGCCAGUGACAGAUAUUCAUCAAUGAAACUUCCUGAAAUUGACAUUCCAGUGUAUGAAGGAAAGGACUACACCAAGUACCAAUCGUUUAUCGAACUAUUCACGGCUAUUAUUCAUAGAAAUGGUAAACUAGAACCUAUCCAAAAGUUAUUCUAUUUAAGAAAAUAUUUGAAAGGGGAGCCGUUGUCACUUAUUGAAGGGCUACCCUUAACGGGUGAUUCUUAUGAGAAGGCAUUGGCUUUACUCAAAGCUAGAUAUGAUAAUAAGUUUCUCGUUGUUACAAACCAUGUACAGGCAAUCUUGGAUUUUUCGCCGAUUGUGAAGGGUGCUGCCAGCAAUUUACGAGAGUUAAUAGCUCAUGCUCGUCAACAUUUAGGAGCCUUGAAGACCCUUGGACAGCCCACUGAACAUUGGGAUAUGAUAAUUUUACCCAUUUUGUUGCGAAAAAUAGAUCAGUUUUCUUGCAGAGCAUACCAUAGUGAGCGUGUUGAUAACAAGCUGCCAAAUCUGGAUGACUUCUUUGCAUUCAUUGAAAGAAGGGCCAGCAGCUUCGAGGAGAGCCAAAGGAGCGAAGACCGUCACAUAUGGGUUGAAGUCCUCCAGUUAUCUGGCCACAAGGUGCCUGGAAGAACUAGCACGCCAGUACGAGGCUGAGUUCCCUAGGGCGGCAGCUGUGAUCCGGAAUUCCAUGUAUGUAGAUGAUGCGCUGUUUGGAGGUCAGUCAAUAAAAGAGGCAUUGGAGGU